GACGUAAGCAUCCCUCGACUCUCGGCAGCCACUGGACGCCUGGUGCCAUGGCUUCCUCGGGAGUGGCGGGUGGGAGACAGGCUGAAGAUACGCUGCAGCCGCCGCCCGAGCUGCUGCCGGAGUCCAAGCCGCCGCCGCCUCCUCAGCCUCUGCAGGUCGCCGCCCUCCCGCCGCCGCCGGCCCAGCGGCCUCAGUCCCCCGCAGGCGCGAAGGAGGAGAAUUACUCUUUUUUGCCGUUGGUUCACAAUGUCAUCAAAUGCAUGGACAAGGACAGCCCCGAUCUCCACCAGGACCUGAACGCCCUCAAAACAAAGUUCCAGGAGAUGCGAAAGCUCAUAGGCACCAUGCCCGGCAUCCACGUGAGCCCUGAGCAGCAGCAGCAGCAGCUACACAGCCUCCGAGAGCAAGUCAGGACCAAGAAUGAGCUUCUGCAGAAGUACAAGAGCCUCUGCAUGUUUGAGAUCCCCAAGGAGUAGGGCCAGCUCCCAGGGCAGCUGCCAAGGGACUGAAAGCUUCAUACCUGUGGCGGCCGGCUCCUCGGGAGCCUGGCUUUAAACUGUGAGGCCACAUUCAGCUGGUGUGGGCCUGGGUGGCUGUGUUCAGCCUUGACUAGCUGGGCCAGGCCCCAUCAGCAGGUCUAGAGGGCACAGAGGGAGAGGAGGAAGCUGUUCCUUUCUCUCCUUCGGCUCCUCCCACUCCUGAUACCAUCAGCAUGGAUCAGGUACAUACUGUUCCUGUUAACAGCAGUUUCAUGAAGCAUUUGCAUAGAAUUCAUGGGGUAAAUUAGGCCUGCACUCAGAUGGCAUGGGUUUAAUAUAAUUAAAGAAGGCUGUGAGAGCAUGAACAUUGUUUUGAAAGGCCAGAGGGUGGGUGGCUUCUCCCCCAAAACAGUUCACUUCCUUUUUUGUUUGUACUAUUGAAUGAAACUGUAUUUCUGGGGGCGACAGCCCACAGGCCUGCCAGUCAGCCACCAACUCCAGCUUCCAGCCUCCUGCAUGCUAGCCAUAGGGUUCUUGCUCCCUUUAUCUCCAUCACUUCAGGCAGUGCUCAGAAUAGCCAAAUCACUGCUUGCCUGGGGCCCUUUGUCCUUCCCACACUGGCUCAGAGAGGCUGCUAAGCAAGUGGCUCUGCCUUGGUUCAUAUGCCCUGGCUUACCACGUCAUCUCCCCUUUAGCCAAGGAGUCAGCCACAUUUGCUACCCUGCACACUUUUGGUUUGGAGCAUGGUGGCUGCAGAGGCAGGGUGGUUCCUCAGCCAGGGGUCUGUGGUUUCAGAGUCAGGGCAGGGGGAGCUGCUUGGAGGUUCCAUAGCUGUGUUCUAGUUGCGGAGUGUGCCCAGCUAGUCCCAGGUAGGACACUGUGUUCUCUCCCUCCCAGGGGCUGUCACGCUGAGGGCACAGUGGCCCUUUCCCUCUCGCAAGAGUAAGGUGAGAAGUACCCAGUAUUGUUUGGAUCUUGAAAUGGGCACAGCCUGGGCUGAGCAGUUUAGGACUUAGCAGGCAUCUGCCAACUGGCCUUGCCGGCAGGAGUGCUGGCCAGGGAUGUUUCUAACAAGGGUUCUGGUGGCAUUGUCUGAGAUGCCUCAUAGUUGGGACCUGUGUGAAAAGAGGGGUUUGACUUCCAGUAGUUUGGGUAGAAAAGUGGCUCCGAGUUCGAGGGUGCAGUUACGCCACCUUUACCUUGGGAUUAUUUAACUGAAUCAGUUCUGACCUGAGAAGCAAAAAGCGGAAGCAGCGGCUGAGCCGGUUUUAAGGCUCUGGCUAGUUCCUGUGAAGCAUGGAGCACAUGGAAUGCAGGGGCUUCAGAUCUUCCUGACAGGGUGAGAAAGGCUCCUCAAAAGGCUAGAGGGACGUGGAGUCUUAUCUGUUCUGCUGUGUUGGCCUAUCACAUUUUCAAGUAUGAUUUAAAAGUAUGCUCUCCUCUCAGGACACAUGGUUUGCCUGUCCCCAACCCCUUCUUCCUUACAGUGUUAGGAGUCAAACCCUGGGACUCUAAGUUUUACAGUGACUUAGAGCGGUGGUUGAGUAGGUAAUGUAGAGGCAAAAUCCUCGCUGUGCUCUUUCUUCCACUUGGCACAUGCAUCCAUGAAGCUAGCAUAAAAGCCUACAUGUCUCCUGCAGGGGACCCUGGGCAACCCGGACAUCCAUUGGCAGUUCCUUGGAAGGGGCCCUUCCCAAAGCAGGGUUGAAGCCCCACCCCCAAAACAACUUUGAACAUCCCUUAAAGGCCAAGACUCUUGGAAAGCAAAACAAACCACAAAUAUUUGGCUCCGUGGGUUCAGCAGUUGUUCUGACGCUUUAGAUACCAUGUUGAACCCUGCAGAGUGCCUCUAUCUUUCAGCUGCAGAAUUGGAGGCUUAGAAGGCGACACUUGCCCCAAGUUGACAGAGUGGCAAGGAGAUCUGGGGUCACAAGCCAGCAGCCCUUAGCCACAGAGGGAGAGAGCGAAGUGCAGAGGGGUGGCCCGCCUGGUUGAGCGCCUAAGGGAGCUCUUCUGCAGGCUAUUGGACUUGCCCUGUUUGGGUCCUGGCCCCUGGGGCAGGGCUUAAGCAUCCAGCACAGGCGUCUUCCCCAAUACUCUGCAGCGCACUCUCUGGCCUCUUGUUUUUGGUAAUCAGGUCAGUUUCAAGUUUGACUGCUUCCUGUAGCCUGCCAUGAUUAACAGAUGGGUGGUGUGGAAGGGGAGUGUGACUGUUCUCCAAGACCAAGUCCCUCAGUGACAGGCCAGGAGAGGGUAGACGGAGCAAGCCCGAAAGAUCUACAGCGUUUCCCACUUGGAGGCUGGGAAGCCAUUUUCAGAAGGCAAGGUCCCUUUCCAGUUCUGUGUGGCCACUACCACUGAGGCAGGAACCCAGCCCCCUAAAAGCAAGAGCAACGAAAGCACCGUUUUUUGUUUUUUAAUUAUUUUAUUUUAAAUUAAAAAAUUAAUAAAGACCUCACACAAUAGAAA